AUGUCGCAAUCCAAACCCGAGAUCAUCCUGUACGACUUGGCCUGCACCAAGAACAUCUGCUUCUCGCCCGUUGUCUGGCGCAUCCGCCUGAUGCUGAACUACAAGCGCAUCCCCUAUCAGACCGUCUUCCUCGAAUUCCCAGACAUCGAGCCCACGCUGAAGGAGCUUGGCAUCCCCCCAAGCGACUCGGGCACCUACACCGUCCCAGCAAUCCACCACCUCCCCACAAACACCCACAUCAUGGACUCCGCGCGCAUCGCAGACUUCCUAGAAUCAACCUACCCAGACCCCGCAGUCCCCCUAACCUCGGAACUGGGCCGCGAGAUCGAAGCCCAAUCCCGCAAGGUCGUCAGUACAGCCUUCGGCGCGUCGGUGCUGCCGCGCGAGAUGGGCAUCCUGUCGCCGCGCGCGCAGGAGUAUUUCCGGCGCACCCGCGAGGCAGCCCUCGGCCAUCCGCUGGAAGAUCUCCUCGAUCCUGAGCGGGAGGAGCAGGCCUGGGCUGCGGUGGACGGCGCUAUUCGUGAGGUGGGGGAGCUCAUGCUGACGCAUCAGGCGGAGGGUCCGUUUAUCCUGGGCGCGCGGCCGAGUUAUACGGAUUUCUUCAUUGCGGGGGCGCUGCAGUCAGCACAGACGGUGCAUGAGGGCGUGUUUGAGAGGCUUGUGAAGUAUCCUGGUUAUAGGGAGGUUUAUGAGGCGUGCGUCCCUUUCAUGCAGAGGAAGAAUUGA